CAUCUUGGGAAGAAUCACUCUGUAAAUGGGAUCUUUUCCCCAAAUCGAUUCCAAUUCAUCUACAGUUCAACUCCUACUUUCGCCAUUAAUUUCCCUCCAAAUACUUCCAAACCAGUUCCCCAUUAAAGCCUGAAUCCAAAGGCCGCCUCUACCACUCUAAACCCAACCUAACUCAAUCACCAAAAUACCUCAAACUGCCAAACUAAUAAGCUCUUGCAAGAAUCACUUUCUUGACAAUCUCCGGAUUUUUAUUGUUUCUGGAAUAAUACUAGUAAUUUUCAAAAUGAGCAUCCUCAGUUCUGGGGUUUCUUUCCAUCGCUCAAUUUUAAGUAAGCCUGAGCCUUUGAGCAGCCGAAACCCCAGAAACCAAAAUCGCAGGAUUCUCUGUUUAAACCAUUUGAAUUCCUUGAAUUCGAGCAGUGAUGGGUUGGAAUUUGGGGCCAGCAGGGGUAAGGGUGAGAAAAGGAGCAGUCUUUCUAGGUUGAAAUCGGCUGUUGAUGUUGGGGAAGUGGUAGAGACUUCUGGGACAAGUGGGAGGGAUAGCUGCUCCUAUGAUGCAAUUGUUAUAGGUUCCGGGAUUGGGGGGCUGGUGGCGGCGACACAGCUGGCGGUGAAAGGGGCGAAAGUUUUGGUCUUGGAGAAGUAUGUGAUUCCUGGAGGAAGCUCUGGGUUUUAUGAGAGGGAUGGCUUUAAAUUCGAUGUUGGAUCAUCGGUCAUGUUUGGUUUCAGCGAUAAGGGAAAUCUGAAUUUGAUCACACAAGCAUUAGCAGCUGUGGGAGCUAGGCUGGAAGUGAUACCUGAUCCCACCACUGUUCAUUUUCAUUUACCUAAUGGCCUCUCUGUCCAAGUACAUAGAGAAUAUAACAAGUUUAUUUCUGAACUUAUCAGUAAAUUCCCUCAUGAGAAAGAAGGGAUUCUCAAAUUCUACGGUGUCUGCUGGCAGGUCUAUAAUGCACUGAACUCAUUGGAGUUGAAGUCACUGGAGGAGCCAAUCUACCUUUUCGGGCAAUUUUUUAAGAAGCCUGUUGAAUGCUUGACUCUAGCCUACUAUCUUCCCCAAAAUGCUGGUGACAUUGCUCGAAAGUAUAUCAAAGAUCCUGAGUUGCUGUCCUUUAUUGAUGCUGAGUGUUUCAUUGUGAGUACGGUUAAUGGUAAGCGGACACCUAUGAUCAAUGCAAGCAUGGUUGUAUGUGAUAGACAUUUUGGUGGGAUCAACUAUCCUGUCGGAGGAGUUGGAGAAAUUGCAAAGUCAUUAGCAAAGGGUUUGACUAAAAAGGGGAGCGAGAUACUUUAUAAGGCAAAUGCUACCAGCAUUAUCAUAGAAGACGGAAAAGCAGUGGGGGUGAAUCUAUCAGAUGGAAGGCAAUUUUAUGCUAAAACCAUAAUUUCAAAUGCCACUAGAUGGGAUACCUUCGGCAAGCUCUUGAAAAAAGAAAAUUUACCCAAGGAAGAAAAAAAGUUUCAGGAGGCAUAUGUUAAAGCACCAUCUUUUCUCUCUAUUCAUGUGGGGGUUAAAGCUGAUGUUUUACCACCAGAUACCGAUUGCCACCAUUUCGUCCUAGAGGAUGACUGGAAAAACUUGGAAAUCCCUUAUGGAAGUAUAUUUCUAAGCAUUCCAACUGUCCUCGAUAAAUCAUUGGCUCCAGAAGGAAACCACAUUCUUCACAUUUUCACGACUUCUUCGGUUGAGGACUGGGAGGGUCUGUCGCGCAAGGAUUAUGAAGAAAAGAAGGAACGUGUGGCCGGAGAGAUAAUUAACAGGCUCGAGAAGAAACUAUUCCCUGGACUGAAGUCAUCUAUAGUAUUUAAGGAGGUGGGGACACCAAAGACACAUCGGCGAUAUUUGGCCCGUGAUAGUGGCACUUAUGGUCCAAUGCCUCGAAAUGUUCCGAAGGGCUUACUGGGCAUGCCCUUCAACACAACGGCUAUUGAUGGUUUGUAUUGUGUGGGAGAUAGUUGCUUUCCUGGGCAAGGUGUCAUAGCUGUAGCUUUUUCGGGAGUUAUGUGUGCACAUCGAGUGGCGGCUGAUUUGGGAUUCGAGAAGAAAAACCCUGUGCUUGAUACCGCUCUCCUUCAGCUACUUGGUUGGUUCAGGACUUUAGCAUGAAAAACUAGCAAAAAUGUCGAGACUCAAUAGGAAAGCAUACCAAAUCAACAGUCCUAAAAAAGAGCAAUAAGAUGCCAUCAAAUGCUGUUAGCUACCUUUUCCUUAUGUCGAUAGAGCGGUGAAGUAACCAAAUUGAGGUACUUUUGCCUGAGUUUGUUUUGGUAAUACUAUUGAGGAGUUUACUUUUGAGAUAGAUGCUGUAAGUCAUGUACUGCAGUUCCAUACCAAAUUAAUAUUACAUUGUAGAUUAACGAGAUUGACAUACA